UCUUUUGUUCUCAGUAAGCCUCCAAUGAUGGACGAUGCUGGACGAUGGACCGCCGCAGUGACCAUGCAUUUAGAGACUAGAGCGUAUUACCCGUACAUGUAGCACUCUAAGGCAAACAAACAGAUCAACCAUAAUAGAGUCAUGACACUAUCCAACGGCAGAAUCCUUGUUGCCGUCAAUGGGAUCUUUGCAGUCAGUCGGCAAAGAGGCGGCGAAUUUCUGGCGUCAUUUUCAAGUCAGCUGCAGAAUUCUAUCCUGAGGAAAGAACUCGAUGUUGCCAUCCAGGGCAAUGAUCCACCCAGUCUGCUGUCUUGCAUCGUUGGCGAAAAUUCGGAUAGUGAAGACGAGACAGAAGACUGCACCACGUUUCACUGUCACUUAAAGUUUGAAUGUGCCACCAGAGAAGAGGCUGUUGCUGCUUUUGUCGACAACAAACCCAAGCUGUUUCGAUGGGAUGAAUCCGCCGUCAACCAUCCUCCCUUUUAUUUGUUGCGACCACCCCAAAUCAAUGUCUGGACAGUGGCUCCGGAGGCUCCCGAUGCUCCACCCAAUCCCAAGCCAACGCCAACGCCUCCGGGAUGUAGGCUGUUUUGUCUCAACGCCAAUCUACACGUUCGACCAGAACAUCGACAAGAGUUCCUACAACUGCUGGAACAUGCUCGAUCGGAGUCCAUCCAAGAGCCUCUUUGCGUCGAAUAUCAGUUUGGGGAAUCACUCACAACGCCCAAUUCAUUCCAUGUUCAUCAGGCGUACAUGGGUGACAAUGGUGGAAAGGAAGGAUUCGACAAGCACGCCACAACCCAACACUACCAGAAAUGGAACGACUUUUCCAAGGACGAGAACAAAGAUCCCUUUGUCACAAAACCCGUAGGGUACACAUUUCGACCCGGCUUUCCUGCUCCAUCACCGUUGUUGCUAUUGGAUGGAGGCAAUGGCCACGAACUCAAGCAACGCGGAGUUAUCAGCGACGGAAGCUUUCUAGCGGGAUUGCUGGCCAAUGAACAGCAACCCGAGAUUGUCCAAUCGGUGCACCGGGAAUUUGUCCGGGACGCUGGUUGUCACAUCAUCACCACCAAUAGCUUUGUCGCCGUGCCCGAUCGCGUCGAACGGGAUUUGUUCACUUGUUCUGGCAAUGACAAUUGUUACACCCAAGAGGAUGUACAGGAACGAACACGACAACUCAUACAAGCUGCUGUCCAUUGUGCACGCACUGUCGCCAAGGAAUUUCCGGAAAGGAACAUCCAGGUGGCAGGGACUAUUCCACCCUUGACAGAAUGCUACGUAGCCUCGUUGGUGCCAACCACAAGCCUAUCAUCGUUGGUACUCACGUACAGGUUCUUGAUAGAAACCUUGGUGCAAGCCGACGUGGACAUUUUGCUGGCGGAAACCUUGUCAACUAGUCGGGAAGCGAUUGCCAUUGUGAAGGCAAUGUCACAACUCAAACAACCACCACCACCACUGUGGAUUGCCUUGACCAUUGACGAUUUUAACAACAAUCCCACCACGUUGCGGUCUGGCGAGCCCUUGGACCAAGCUCUCAAUGACAUUUUCCAGGAAGCUUUAGCAGCCAUCAUUUCCAUACGCGCCCUGGGGGUCAAUUGUGCUUCGCCAGCGGCCGUCACGAGGGCCAUUCCCGUUCUGGUGCAAGCUGCCAACAAUCAGCCACAACGUCCCCAAAUCCUGGCAUAUGCCAAUGCCUUUCAAACAACCACAUCCGAAUGGCUCGCGAGAUCUGACGAAUACCCGUACAUUCAUGACAGUUCUGACAUUCCAGCUUUGAUGAUUGUCGCCUCGGGGGAAGUCAACUGUGAUCACGACUAUGAUGCACAGGGAGUACUCAAGCCCGAGGUGUAUGGCCAGUACGCCAAGGAGUGGCGGGCAUUGGGUGCCACAAUUAUUGGCGGAUGCUGUGGAUCCUCACCGAGUCACUUGCAAGCGGUGGCCACCGAGCUUGGUUUGGAUAGUCGUCGAUGAAAACAACCAUGUUUUCUUUCUUGAAAUUUUGGAAUCGAUUCAAUCGAAAUGGUCGCACUUUGACACUACCCUAGCUAGGAUGAUUGAUAGAUUGAUAAACCCGACACAUUCACAUGGACACGACGGCGCUGUGAUCGAGCACCUAGCUAGCUGUAUCGUACUAUACCGGU